AUGGCGAAACAAGAACCUACAGAGUUGACCAGGGAUAAUCUAAAAACAGAGAUGAUAAAGAUCGAGCAACCUGCUGUUAGCUCAUCAUCUUGUGCAUGUAAAUUGGAGAAUGGCUGCACUGAAUUUAGUAAUGCUCCCUUUAAGACUGAACCUACCGAAAAUGAAGAUAUAAAGGAAUUGGGUAAUAUGAAUUACUGUACGUCAGUCAUAAAAACUGAACCUAUGGACUGUAAAGAAUUUCAGAAGAAGCAUAUGUCAACUCACACCGGAGAGAAAUCUGACACUGGCAGUUUGCGUGAAUUUAGGGCUAGCCAAUCAAGCCAAUUAAAGAAAGAUAUGUUGACUCAUACUUUAGAGAACCCUUAUCCCUGCAGUUUGUGUGACUAUAAAGCCAGCCAAUCAAGCGAUUUGAAGAUACAUAUGUUGACUCACACUAGAUAUAGAGAGAAACCUUAUCCCUGCAGUUUGUGUGACUAUAAAGCCAGCCAAUCAAGCGAUUUGAAGAUACAUAUGUUGACACACACUGGAGAGAAACCUUAUCCAUGUAGUUUGUGUGACUAUAGGGCUUCUCAGUCAAGCUUAUUGAAUAGACAUAUGUUGACGCACACUGGAGAGAAACCUUACCCCUGCAGUUUGUGUGACUAUAGGGCCAACAGAUCAGGUCUUUUGAAGUCACAUAUGUUUACUCACACUGGUGAGAAACCGCACAAGUGUGAUAUUUGUAACUACUCUGCUGCAAGAAAAAGUUAUCUGGUGAUUCACAAACGAACUCACACUGGCGAGGAACCUUACCCAUGUAACUUGUGUGACUAUAGAGCUAGCCAAUCAAGCCAAUUUAAGAAACAUAUGUUGACUCAUACUGGAGAAAAACCUUAUAAAUGUGAUUUUUGUUCUUACUCUGCUGCAAGUAAAAGUAAACUGGUGAUUCACAAACGAACUCACACUGGAGAGAAACCUUACCCCUGUAGUUUGUGUGACUAUUGGGCUAGACAACAAAGCCAAUUAAAGAAACAUAUGAUGACUCAUACUGGAGAGAAACCUUAUAAAUGUGAUAUUUGUUCCUACUCUGCAAGACAAAAUUCCCACCUCACUGAACACAAACGAACUCACACUGGUGAGAAACCUUAUCCCUGCAGUUUGUGUGACUAUAGGGCCAAAAAAUCAAGCGAUUUGAACAGACAUAUGCUGAUUCAUACUAGAUAUAAACCCUUUAGAAUUUGAAUGAGAACGGUCAAUUAAAUUUUGUUCCCACGUCUUGUCUUACCCUGCAGUUCCACGGCUCAGUUUUGCAACCAGA